AUGAGUGAAAAUCGUGAGUGGAUGUAUCGGCGUUUUCUACCUGAUGGAGCUUUGAAUCCCGAUUUUCAAAGAGGUCUUCAAGGUUUCAUUGAUUACGCUAACAGUAGACGUGAUUUAAUGGAUGGUGAAAAAAUUAGGUGUCCGUGUAGGAAAUGCGAUAAUAUACGUUUCCAUACUAAAAACAAUGUUCAGUAUCACAUUGCAAAGAACGGAUUUGUGCGGGAUUACCAUAUUUGGAGGUUUCAUGGUGAAAUUGAAAUGCCCACGACUGAAUAUCAUAAUUUUGAAGAAGAAGAGGCUAAUGAAGAUAAUUAUCAGAAUAUGGGUAAGAGAAAAGGAGUGGAGCCGACUGAAUGUUUGUAUGAUGCUUAUGAGAUCCUUCAUAAGAACAAGGAUGGCACUUAUAUAGACGAGAGGUCUAGACGGAUUGGAGAAAAAGUGCAGGAUAUAGUUGCUUCUCAGAGUCAGGCUGUGGAUGAUGAUUCUGAUCCGCCAGAGAUCGAUAUGAACAAGGUGUACGUGGAGGCUGUUGGUGGACUCGACAAGAAGAAGAGAAUGUUUGGAGUUGGUGGACUUGCAGCCAGCUUACGGAGUAGUGAGCAGUCGAGUGGUACAUCUCAGUUUCAGGGCCCUCUUGUCGAUCCUCAACAACUUAUGGACGUGGAGCAGCAAUUGCAGGAUGCCUUAGUGGAGAUAGCACGUCAGAAGGAGGAGAUGAGGCAGAAAGAUGAGCAGACCGAUGCUCGAUUUCAGGCUCAGCAGCGUAUGUUCGAGGAGAUAUUGGCUAGGCUUCCACCUGGACCCACUCCACCCACUGGACCAUCUUCUUGAUUAUGUUGUGUUUUUGUAUUUUGAAUACUUGAAUAUUUCUAUUAUAUAUUUUUGAACACUUGAAUAUUU